UGUCCCGAUACUAACACUCGGACACCGGACACACCAAGGAAUUGGAGGGUCCGUGCUUAUAUAUCAAAAUAAAACAAAAAUCUCACCACACAAGGUUGUAUACUUGUACCACCAAAAGCCACAGUCGUAGUGUUAAUUAGUACUUAGUGGAUUCAAUCUUCACUUUCAUAUUAACAAAUCAACACAAAUAUUAGAGGUUGUGCCACUGAUGGGGUAGUGGCAUGGCACAGAACACUGAGAAAAGCAUUGCAUUCCUUUUCUGCUCCAACUUCUUGUAUGUUGGCCCCAACCUCCCUGAUGUUUGGGUUCCCAGAGAGCACACACCCCCUCACACCCUUUUUCCAGAAAGUCUCCAAUGGGCUAAUAAUGGUCAUAAUGCUUUGAUUCUUGAGGGAAAACCCAAUUGCUAAACAGAUAAAGCUUGAAGUGGCUGAUGAGAUAAGAAGGAUGAAGAGUGGCAUUGGGAAGUUUCCUAGACUGGCUGUGGUUUUGGUGGGUGAUAGGAGGGACUCUCACACUUUCAUUCACAUUAAGUUGAAGGCCUGUGAUCAAGUUGGCAUUGAAACAGUGGCUUCCCAGUUGCCUGAAAACUGUGAUGAAAGUGAACUGCUUGAUGUUGUUUCCGGUUUCAAUGAGGACCCGGAUGUGCAUGGCAUUCUUGUGCAACUUCCUCUGCCUCAACAUUUGGACGAGGAAAAAAUUAUCAAUGUAGUGAGUCUUGAAAAGGAUGUGGAUGGCUUUCAUCCCUUAAAUAUUGGAAAUCUUGCAAUAAGAGGAAGAAAGCCCUUCUUUGUUCCUUGUGCUCCCAAGGGCUGCAUUGAGUUGUUACCUAGGCACGGUGUGGAAAUCAAGGGGAAAAGAGCAGUGAUAAUUGGAAGAAGUAAAAUUGUGGGGUUACCCACUUCCUUGCUAUUGCAGAGGCACCACGCAACAGUCAGCGUGUUACACGCGUAUACGAAGAACCCAGAACAUAUAACUUCUGAAGCAGAUAUUGUGGUAGUAGAUGUUGGAGUCCCCAACAUAGUUUGUGGCAAUUGGAUAAAGAAAGGAGCUGUGGUGAUUGACAUGGGAACAAAUCAAGUUAAGGAUCCCAGCGGCCACGGCUUUUGUGUCUCGGGAGAUGUUUGCUUUGAAGAGGCGGUUAAGGUGGCAUCAGCCAUUACCCCUGUUCCUGGAGGCGUGGGACCAGUUACAAUAUCAAUGCUCCUCUCCAACACCCUUGAUUCUGCGAAACGUGCUUUUGGAAUGGUUUGAUUAGAUGAUGUCUUUUCUCCAAAGUUCUAUAGUGGAUCUUCCAUCUAUAUAUGCACAUGAAACAGGUUUGCCAUUUGUCAUGCUAUUUAAGAGAAAGUGACUCAAUAUUUUUAUUUUUUUAUCGGCAAAUGUUAAUUGCUAGUUUGUUAGUUUUUGUAAGCAAGAGGGAUCGAAUCCACGUCCUUUCUCUCCUACCCUUAUUUCUUAACCAUCCAACCAACCUUAUAUCUCUGAAAGUGACUCAAUAUUAUUAUCCCAAUGCUUCAUGAACAUACACAUUUUCUCUGCUGGGGCGACUAACUAGAGCAUCUGCAUGUUACUUUCUAUAUAAAAUGUAUUUGUUGAGGCGAGCUUGCUAUAUGAUUGAUUUAUUGCAUUGCGAGGAUCUAAAUACACCACAUAGGAUCUUCAAAUUAGUCUUUUUCGCUUCAUUGCUUUGCAGUGCAAACACCCCUCUUGCAACCAAGAAAGAAAAAGGAAGAUGCAUUUUCUACUGUUUUGCUCAUUAAGUAGAAACUGAUGUAGAAUUUUGUGUACAUGGUUUGUACAGCUAUUUGAAAUGCACUCUUUGCGGCAUCUCUUUUAUGGAUAGUUAAUUAGCUUUUAUUAAGAUUGAGUGAGGAGGAAUCAAUGGUGUGCAUAUGCACACUCGUACACACACUGAUAUUACUUCAUUUAUUUAAUUGAUGCAAUUAGAUGCUUCAGAAAA